CACACACACAUACGCGUUAACUCAACCAACACAAGAAGAAGAAGAAGAAGAAGAAGAAAGCUUUCAUAUAGAGACCAGUUUCAUUGAUUCAGGUUUCAAUCUUCAUUCUCUUCUUCCUCCAAACGCGCCAUUCAAAAUCACACACUCUCUCUCUCUCUCUCUCUCUCUCUCUCUCUCUCUCUCUCUGUCUCUUCUUCAUUCAUUCCAUUUCUCUGAUUCUCCGAUAGAUCAUGCUUCGCUUGUGCUUCCGCCCUCUCGAUUGUAUCUUCCGACGGUCACGUGACGGCCUUCUCUGGCACACCGACCUCAAGCCUCACGCCUCCGGCGACUUCUCCAUCGCCGUUGCUCAAGCCAAUUCCAGCCUCGAGGAUCAGAGCCAGGUUUUUACCUCCCCCUCCGCCACCUACGUCGGCGUCUACGACGGCCACGGUGGCCCCCAAGCUUCUCGAUUCGUCAACAACCAUCUCUUCCCUUAUUUGCACAAAUUUGCCACUGAGCAAGGGGGGUUGUCAGUGGAUGUGAUCAAAAAGGCGUUUAGUGCUACAGAGGAGGAGUUUUUGCAUUUGGUGAAGCUCUCUUUGCCUGUUAGUCCACAGAUUGCUUCAGCUGGAUCGUGUUGUCUUCUCGGUGCUAUUUCUAAUAAUCUGUUGUAUAUUGCCAACCUUGGAGACUCUAGAGUUGUUCUUGGCAGGAGAGGUACCGAGAGAAGGAACUCUCCGGUGGUUGCCGUGCGCUUGUCAACGGAUCAUAAUGUGGCUGAUGAAGAGGUGAGGAGAGAAGUUGAAGCUCUCCACCCUGAUGAUUCACAUAUUGUUGUUUAUACCCGAGGAGUUUGGAGAAUUAAGGGCAUCAUACAGGUGUCAAGAUCUAUUGGUGAUGUGUAUUUAAAGAAACCUGAUUUCUACAGAGACCCUAUUUUCCAGCAAUUUGCAAAUCCUAUUCCUUUGAAGCGUCCUGUGAUAACAGCUGAACCAUCAAUCAUUAUUAGGGAGCUAGAGUCAGAAGAUUUGUUCUUGAUAUUUGCUUCAGAUGGCCUUUGGGAACAAUUAAGUGAUGAAGCAGCUGUUGAGAUGGUUUUCAAAUAUCCAAGAGCUGGAAUUGCGAAGAGAUUAGUGAGAGCUGCUCUUCAGGAAGCUGCAAAGAAGAGAGAGAUGAGAUACAAUGACAUAAUGAAAAUUGACAAAGGAAUUAGACGGCACUUCCAUGAUGAUAUCACUGUUAUUGUAAUCUAUCUUGAUCAUCAUGAAGGAUCCUCUAAUGGUAAAUUUAAGCAAACUGGUGUUGGCUAUACAACUGCUCCUGUUGAUAUUUUCUCUCUGAAUGCGGAUGAAGCAGAGAACAGGAUGUUUGGUGCAGUUGCCUGAAGAGUGAAGUUGGUUCAAGGGAUAACUGGGAAGAAAAUUACUUAUAGGUGAAGAUGAAUAUUGUUGGUAAAUGAAGGGGAUUCUUGAGAAAAGGCACAAAUUAGAAAUUACUGCAUAGAUAGUCGCUGACAUAUUCUUGCUGAUGCAGAUAUGCUUAUGUAUAGUUGUGAAAGAUUUUACUUCUUUUUUGGUUUUUGAUAAUAUCAAUUUUGUUUCUUUUGAAAGAAUAAAACAAAUUGCAUUGAUUGGUUAGUCCUUGUACUAAAUUCAUGGUAAUGUUCCUCAUGAAUAAUAAGCAAGAGGGUAAGCGUUGCUGCUGACA